UGAUCUCUUCGGGCCACCGUCGCUGAGCAUGCGUAAAUAAACGUGGCGGGACGUAUGUGUCAUGGCGCUCUCCAUCUAAAGUCUGUGCAGCUUCCGGAGAGUGGCGGGUUGAUUCUCCCACUUUGGACUGGUUUUUACUUCCCGACUUCUGGACUCAUCUUUCAAGAGGACUUUAGACUAAUUGCAGAUAAUUAAGAGAAUAUGCCUUCUGCAUCCUGUGAUACACUACUGGGUGACAUAGAAGAUAUUGUGUCUCACGAAGAUUCAAAACCACAAGAUAGGCAUUUUGUAAGAAAGGAUGUUGUCCCGAAGGUACGAAGGCGAAAUACCCAAAAAUAUUUGCAAGAGGAAGAAAACAGUCCACCAAGUGACAGCACUAUUCCAGGCAUACAGAAAAUUUGGAUACGAACAUGGGGUUGUUCUCAUAAUAAUUCAGAUGGAGAAUAUAUGGCUGGACAGCUAGCUGCUUAUGGCUAUAAAAUUACAGAAAAUGCAUCUGAUGCAGAUUUAUGGCUCCUGAACAGUUGCACUGUAAAAAACCCAGCUGAAGACCACUUUAGAAACUCAAUUAAGAAAGCUCAAGAGGAGAACAAGAAAAUCGUACUGGCUGGAUGCGUUCCUCAAGCCCAGCCUCGCCAGGACUACCUUAAGGGACUGAGUAUCAUUGGGGUUCAACAGAUAGACCGUGUGGUAGAAGUUGUGGAGGAAACAAUUAAAGGUCACUCUGUGAGACUGCUGGGUCAGAAAAAGGAUAAUGGAAGGAGGCUGGGGGGAGCACGAUUGGAUUUGCCGAAGAUUAGGAAGAAUCCACUGAUAGAAAUCAUUUCCAUCAAUACCGGGUGUCUCAAUGCUUGUACCUACUGCAAAACUAAACACGCCAGAGGAAAUUUGGCCAGUUAUCCAAUUGAUGAACUAGUAGAUAGAGCCAAACAAUCUUUUCAAGAGGGUGUUUGUGAGAUAUGGUUGACCAGUGAAGACACGGGGGCUUAUGGCAGAGAUAUUGGCACCAAUCUCCCCACACUCCUGUGGAAACUGGUUGAAGUGAUUCCUGAGGGAGCAAUGCUGAGGCUUGGCAUGACAAAUCCGCCCUAUAUUUUAGAGCAUCUGGAGGAAAUGGCAAAAAUCCUUAAUCACCCCAGAGUCUACGCUUUUCUGCACAUACCAGUCCAGUCUGCCUCCGACAGCGUACUCAUGGAAAUGAAAAGAGAAUACUGUGUGGCUGACUUCAAAAGAGUAGUGGAUUUUCUGAAAGAGAAAGUUCCUGGAAUAACUAUUGCUACAGAUAUUAUCUGUGGUUUUCCUGGAGAAACAGAUCAGGAUUUUCAAGAAACAGUGAAACUUGUUGAAGAGUACAAAUUCCCAAGCCUCUUUAUUAAUCAGUUUUACCCAAGACCAGGAACUCCUGCUGCAAAAAUGGAACAAGUUCCAGCACAAGUGAAAAAGCAAAGGACAAAAGAUCUUUCUCGGGUAUUUCAUUCUUACAGUCCGUAUAAUCACAAGAUUGGUGAAAGACAGCAAGUGUUAGUAACAGAAGAGUCUUUUGAUUCCAAGUUUUAUGUUGCACACAAUCGAUUCUAUGAGCAGGUUUUAGUGCCAAAGAACCCUGCAUUCAUGGGGAAAAUGGUUGAAGUGGACAUCUGUGAAUCAGGCAAACAUUUUAUGAAAGGGCAGCCGGUAUCUGAUGCCAAAGUGUACACACCCUCCAUCAGCAAACCGCUAGCAAAGGGAGAAGUCUCAGGCUUGACAAAGGACUUCAGAAAUGGGCUUGGGAGUUCAGGAUCUCACACCUCUGCUGCAUCUAGGUGUGACUCAGCGAGUUCUAGAAUGGUGCUGCCCAUGCCAAGGCUACAUCAAGACCGCGCACUGAGGAUGUCCGUGGGCUUGGCUCUGCUGGCUCUUCUUUUUGCUUUUUUUGUCAAGGUCUAUAAUUAGAAUACAACUAAAUGAAACAUCUGUAAAGAAGAACACAUUUCUAAUUAAAAUCUUCAGUGAACAGGAAAGCGACACCUCCGUUCUCAAAGGGCAAUAAUUUGUACUGGUCAUGCUGCCUCCUCUUCAGCCACUCUUCUCAGUGAGGCUCCCCCUGUCUCACAUUGAGUUGGGCCCAUUGGUUAUUUGACCUAAAACCUAAUCACGGCUACCAUAGCACAUCCUUCAAAUUAAACUGCUUUUGGUUUACUUUUAGCAAUAAAUGCAAGCAAUCACAUUUUUUUGUGUUUGUUUCCAUCUCCAAUCUUUAAGUCAGAACCUAAUUGUGCAGUGGCUCUGGCCAUCUUUUCCUCAUGUGGAAGCAUUUUCUAUCUUUAAUAAACAUUUUUUGUUUUUUCAGAUGGAGUUUCACUCUUUUCGCCCAGGCUGGAGUGCAGUGGUGCAAUCUCAGGUCACUGCAACCUCUGCCUACUGGGUUCAAACGAUUCUCCUGCCUCAGCCUCCCACUGGGAUUACAGGCAUGUGCCACCAAGCCCAGCUAAUUUUUUGUGUUUUUAGUAGAGACGGAGUUUCACCAUGUUGGCCAGGCUAGUCUGGAACUCCUGACCUCAAGUGAUCCACCCACCUCGGCCUCCCAAAGUGCUGGGAUUACAGACAUGAGCCACUGCCCCCAGCUUCUUUAAUAAACACUUUUAAGUGCAUCUUCCCCUUCAGGCUUUGUCUGGAGUCCCAGUGCUACAAACAUUGUAUUUUUCACAGCAGAUAUGUUCCUGAAAAGUGUAUAGAAACCUGUUCUGGGAACUUGAAUGCUUUUGGAAUGCACGCGGAGAGUCUGCUUCCUGGCAACAUUCUGUGAAAUAUGAAACUGAAAAACUGGAUUUGUCAAAAACAAAUUGUGCCCAUUUUCUCACAUUUUUGAUCCAUUCUUUUUUUUGGUUGUUUUUGUUUUUGUUUUUGUUUGAGUCAAGGUCUCACUCUGUCACUCAGGCUGGAGUGCAAUGGCAGUAUCUUGGCUCACUGCAGCCUCGACCUCCUGGGCUGAAGCAGUCCUCCUACCUCAGCUCCCUAAUAGCCAGGACUACAGACACAUACCACCAUGCCCAACUAAUUUUUUAAUUUUUUGUAGAGAUGAGUGUCACUAUGUUGCCCAGGCUUGUCUGGAACUCCUAGCCUCAAGCAGUGUUCUAGCUUCAGCCUCCCAAAGUGCUGGGAUUAUAGGCGUGAGCCACUCCACCCAGCCCAGAUUAAAUGUUUUUAUUUCUACAUGCCAUCAUUGGUCUUUCCUAAGUGAAGUGACUUCUUUAACAAUAAAUGGAAUUGGUAUAUGAAGCAAA